AUGAGUGGCGCAAGUCUUGGUGAGGACGUGGGUGCUGGUGCUGGCGCCACGAUUGAGGACGAACGCCAAGACGAUGCGGUGGUGGCAGACGCCGCGGAGGGGAGCGGCGAUUGGGUGAAGCCUGUGAGUGCAGCACGAGUGAAGGAGUGGGUGCAGCGCCGAAAGGAGCGCCAUGAGCUGCGCGAGAAGCACAAGGCUGCGCCCAAGGAACGGCCCAACCGAGCGUUCUUCAAGGCGCUGGAUGGCACGGUGAAGAAGACGACGGCGUUUGUGAAGAAGCUCAAGUCCGCCAUCACCGAGCAACAGCGGUCCUCCGUCAUGGCUGACUUUGAGAAGCUCAACCUGACCAAGUUCCUGAGCGAGGUGGCAGGCUCGCUGGCAGAGGCUGGGCUCACCAAGAACGCGGAUCUGCAGACAGCCGUCACCCUUGCGUCCGCCAUGCACUGCCGGUACGCGGAGUUUGAUGAGGCCUUGCUCGACGCCCUCAAGAACACCCUCACUCUCCCUGAGCCAGACGACAAGGAUGCCAUGGCGUCCUUCAGGUUUGCCUUCCUCCUGUACAGUGAGUGCGUUCUGCUGGGCAUCUACGAUGAAGCCGAGGGGAAGCAACUGGCCAAGCAAGUUGCUGGCGUGGUGCAAAACGACAAAGCAAAACACCACGUGUACCUUCCGCUCGUCAUUGACGUGCUGGGGGCCAUAGCGGAGGAGCUGGUUGGCAUCACCGCACGUGCGAUGCGUCUUGGCGCUGCCGCCCAAGGCGUCGACACUCACACGGAGCCCCUCUUCCCCGUCGUCCAGGGCAAGCUUGUUCCGUUCCUGGACCAGUACUACGAGACGGUGUCUGCUGCGCUGAUCAAGAGGAAGGAAGUCCUCAACGAGCGCCUCAAGCUCAACCACGCCACAUUCGAGACAAAGGGUGAGCUGCGGGCUGAGCAGAAGGAGCAGGAGGAGAAGCUGCAGGCUGCAUUUGACGAGUUAAACGGCCACGUGCGCUCUCUCGCCAAUAUCAUCGACAAGGACCUGCCGGAGCUGCCCGAGUUCAAGCCGGAGGAUGUGCUAGCAGAGAUGAGCAUGAGCAUCACCAACCCGUACUUGCACGCGAGCGAGGACGAAGUGGCUGCGGGCAUCUGGGGCGACGUUGAGACGCGGGAGUUCUACGAGUCGCUGAUUGAGCUGGAGCGGAUCAUGCCGGCGGUGCUCUUCAAGGGCGCAAAGCAGCGGCGGCAGGCCGUGCGCGAGUUGGAACAGCAACAGCAGCAGCAGAGGGAGGCGGAGGAGGGAACGGUGAAGGGUGCUGAUGGUGAUGGUGCUGAUGAUGACGAGGACGCGGAGGGGAAGAAAGAGGACAACGAGGAGGCCGAAGAAGCUGUAAUGGAGGACGCAGAUGCGGUGGCGCGGGAGCUGGCAGCAAUGGGGCUGGACCCAUCGGCCGACGACGACGACGAUGAUGAUGAUGAUGGAGAGGAGAACGCAGAGGAUGUGGAGGCUGCUGCUGAUGUUGGAGAUGACGAUGAGGAGGAUAAGGAAGCGGAGGCGGCGGUGUCCGGGUACUUGACGGAGGGAUCGCUGGACGCGCGGCCCGACCUGACACUCUCCACCAUUGCAGAGAUCAUUGAGCAGCUGCCAAGGUCGUCGACGGCAGCGAGUGUGGACGAGAUUGCAAAGCAGUUUUGUUACAAGAACAGCAAGAACGCUCGCUCCCAGCUCAUUGAGCGGCUGUAUUUCGUGUCGCGGGAGGAGCAGGACCUGCUGCCGUACUACUCGCGACUCGUCGCCACCCUCCAGCCCGUCAUCCCAGACAUAGCAGACACACUCGCGAACCGGCUGUGUGCGACCUUUCGCUUCCUUCGCCGCAAGUUCCCCAUCAGCCAUUACGAGAGCAAGUUGCGCAAUGCGCGAUACAUUGGCGAGUUGACGAAGUUCCGCGUGAUUGACGGAAUGAAGACGCUUCAUCUGCUGCAGCUGCUGCUGCGGACCUUCAAGAACCACGAGGUUGACACGGCAUGCAUGCUGCUGGAGACGUGCGGGCGCUUUCUCUACCGCAGUCCCGGCACACACGUCCGCACCCACUUGCUCCUCGAGGUGAUGAAGAAGAAGGCAGCGCGACUGCGGCUGUCGGAGCACCACCGCACCCUCAUUGACAACGCCGUCCUGUACUGCAACCCGCCCGCGGCCAGCGCAAUGAAGAAGAAGGAGCGGCCACCACUGCACGAAUACAUCCGCAAACUUCUUUACACGGACUUGAAGCCGACGCCAGCAGCCAUCAAGACAGUCGCAACGCGCUUGAGGAAACUGCCGUGGAACGACAAACCGUUCUUGCAGUAUGGCGUCAAGUGCCUGACACGCGUGUGGAUUGUGACGUUCAGCUCCAUCCCCGCGUUUGCGAGUCUCCUCGCCCUGCUCAAGGCACACAUCCCCAACGUUACCGCCAUGGUUGUGGAUGCGGUGUGCGAGGAGAUUCGACUCGGGAUGGAAAUCAACGACCCGAAACUGCGGCAGC